UCGACACUCAGCUCAGACGCCAUCAACGAGAGCCAGAUCCUGUUGAUAUUCACAAGAAGAAGAAGGCUGUCCCAACAUCGCACUGAGUCUGUGGCCGUCUGCUCAUCUCUGCAUCAUUACCUGCCAUUUGUCCACUGAGUUCAAGGAAGACUUGUCUCAUCAGAGGACGGAUAGAGAGCCGCUACUUGAUCAGAAAAGCAGCCUUCCAGACUACAGCAGAAGAGCAGCUCAUCCUCCGACUCUCCCCCUCAGUGACUUCACCUUUUCACCUCUAGUGCACCCUCUUCUCGCACUUUCUCUCCUCCCGCUCCAGUCUUUGUGUCUCAGGUGCGUGUUCGGCCUGUGAGCAGUGAUGGGGGACUGGAGUCUCCUGGGGAAUUUCCUAGAGGAGGUCCAGGAACACUCUACCUCGGUCGGGAAGGUCUGGCUCACCGUCCUCUUCAUCUUCCGCAUCCUGGUGCUGGGUACGGCAGCCGAGUCAUCCUGGGGUGACGAGCAGAGCGAUUUCCUAUGCGACACUAAGCAGCCCGGUUGCACCAACGUGUGCUAUGACAACGCCUUCCCCAUCGCUCACAUCCGCUACUGGGUGCUGCAGAUUGUUUUUGUCUCCACACCGUCCCUCAUCUACAUGGGCCACGCCAUGCACAUUGUGCGCAGGGAGGAGAAGCUGCGGAGGUUGGAGCAGGACCAGAAGGAGGAGAGAGGGGAGGGCGGAGGAGACCUGGAGGGGGAGAAGGAAUACCUUCAGCAGAAGGUGAGCGGAAGAAUGGCAUCUGAUGGGACUGGCCGCAUUCGCCUGAGAGGAGCGCUGCUGCAGACUUACAUCCUGAGCAUCAUGAUCCGCACGGUGAUGGAGGUGACAUUUAUCGUGGUGCAGUACAUGAUCUAUGGGGUGUUCCUCAGGGCAAUGUACCUUUGCAAGGCUUGGCCCUGCCCCAACCCCGUCAACUGCUACAUGUCCCGGCCCACAGAGAAGAACGUCUUCAUCAUCUUCAUGCUGGUGGUGGCCAGUGUGUCUCUGCUGCUCUCUGCGCUGGAGCUCUACCACCUUAGCUGGAAGAGCGCCAGGAGGUGUUUACACAACAGGAGGAUGCAGAAGAGCAACCACAGAACUCUGACGGUGGCCGUGUCCGCGGCCUUGGAGCCCAACAGCCCACCUCGGCCCUCGGUCUCCUGCACCCCGCCUCCAGACUUCAGCCAGUGCCUGGCAGCUCCAAGCUCCAUGAACCCCAUGGCCUCUAUGGCAUCUCAUCCCUUCAACAACAGGAUGGCGCUGCAGCAGAACUCGGUCAACUUGGCCACAGAGCGCCAUCACAGCUGCAACAACCUAGAGGAUGAGGAAGACUUCACGAGGAUGAGAUACGACCAAGUGCCCACAGAGCUGCCCAACAGCUGCUCCCCAUUGCCGCUGCUGCACUCCAGCUACAAUAAAGACAAACGCCGCCUGAGCAAGACCAGUGGUACCAGCAGCCGGGCUCGCCAGGAUGACCUGGCAGUAUAGACACACAAGCAAAGAGAAGGGACAGAAAGAUGAGUUUAGAAAGACCCAAAGAGGAGUCUGAGUGUUAUUACUGAGUGAAGGGGUCAAAGCGUGAGGCUAAUUAUGCAAACUCUGGCAUUGAAGCCAAACACUUGAUCAUAGAGGAUGGACUAAAUGUUCCCUUUAGAAAGAGACAGUGAGAUCUGUAAGUGGACUAUGUGAACUUGACAUGUGUGAGCUCUGUCAGCAGAUAGUGUUUGUGAACCAAUCUGUCCCAGAGCUCGAAAAAACAAACUGCAAAAGAAAAAUAUUUUCUAAAUGUGAAGAGGGUAACAGGUGUGAUACCUGACUAUUGCACAUUUAUGUUUUAGUAAAACAGUUAAAGCCAAAAACCAAGUGAGAUUUUAAAAAAAAAGACAUGUAAGUGAAAAUGACGUGAUGCUUGGUGUGAGAUGACAAACCAUUUCUUUAGAAAGCAAAAUACGGCUCAAAUCUCAACUAUUCAAUGAAUUACAAUAGCUUUGUUCUGCCACUGCAAAGAAAAAUGAGAGAUGAGAGAUUUAGAGGAAAUAGGGAUUUAAUAUGCAAUAAACUGUGAAGCUUGCCGGUAUAUGAAUUCGAUGUUUUUAUGCAGCGCAUAUGCAGUGAAUCAAGGUAAAGUGCCUUAACAAGUGUGAAAAUAAAUCUCUUUACUAUGAUGUGUUUUUUAUACAGAUUUUUCAAAAAACCAUUGCAAAGACUGUAAAUUUAGAUUAAGCCAUGUGUUGACUUCCUAAACUGAUUGCACGACACAGAUCAGCAAACAUCAAAUGUAUCUCAAGAAUAGUCACUGUACAAUCUAAAAAAGAGGUGUGAGUAAAACUGUAUUCGUUAGUUAUAUAUUUGACAGGAGUCUUGUGUGCAGAAUGUAACCCGUUUUAGGACGUUCCUUAUCCAGAGGGAUUGAAGAGAAAAGAAAAAGAAGAGGUCCUGCUUGGAUGCUGUUAUGAGGAGACCCGGCCACUGGGUGGCAGCAUUGCACUUGUGCUUUUUAGUUUCUGUCCUGGAGCCAUUGUUGUAAAUAGUGAAUUUGUCUCUAUGCAAUGUAUGUUUCAGUUGAUAUCUUUGAAUGUAUGUUAUUUCAUUUCCGGUGUCUUGCAGAAUCAUUGUACAGGUUGUUUAUGUUUAUCUUACACAGCAAACAUUCUUAUAAAAACACAGGAAUCUUUUUUUGUUUGUUUUUUGGUUCUUUCACACAGACUUGUAUGCAAUAAAUGUCAUCA